CAUGUUGAGCCACCCCGCAUGUGAAACCCUCCAGAAUAUCGAUUUAGACGUCCAAGAGGCUCCCAAUACAAUAUCGCAGCACUUAACCAUCCGAAUUUCGAAAAGGCACCAUUUAUAACUACCGCUUACCAGAGGAGGUUCUACUACCCUCAACCCAGCGGACCCGGUUACACCCGACUCGACUAUGGCUUCCGCCGGCGCAUCAGCUGCUUCGGCACCGGUGGUUGAGGUGGGAACCAUGUCAGCCAGCACCGACGCCGCCGAAGCAGGCCCAUCCGGCGGGACGGCGGCUCCGCCGUCGAGCAGCGGCACCACCUCCCACCACAGCCACCUCCUCCCCAGCCCGUCCUUCUCCUCGCGCUCCCACGCGGGAGGAGGCAGCGGCGGCGCGCAGUCCCAGCUCAGCCCGCGCGCCCCGACGACGGCGCCCACGUCCGUGACGCACCACCACCACGACAACCAGAACGCGCUGCUGCUGCUGCACCCCAACCUCCCCAGCCCGUCCAGCCCCCAGCAGACCGCCCAGGCCCGCGCCGCCCUCGUCGGCACCAUCAGCAACUUGCUCGACUCGGAGCUGCAGAGCAGGGCGGAGCUGCUGCAUCAGAACGCGCGCGCCCUGGAGGGGCAGGAGAGGGAUGUCGCCAAGGCGACGGAGGCGCUGAGGAAGGAGAACGACAAGCUCCUCAAGGUGGUCAGGGAGGGCAGCAGGAAGGUGCUCGAGACGGGCAACGUGCAGAACUGGGCCGAGGUCCUCGAGCGGGACUUCCUCGUGCUCGAGGACACCAUGAGGCGCGUCAGGAGGGGCCCCUGCAGCGACCCCGACUGCAGCGGCUGCUCGUCCGGGACCGGGAGCUGGAGCGGCUCGCGCACGCCCAGCCGGCGGGGCAGCUUUGGCGACGCGGAUGGUCCCGAUGGGCCGGGGCCGCCGGGCAGAGGCACGGACAAAGGCAAAGGCAAAAUGGUCGAGGAGGUGGUCGUGCCAGGUCUGCGCGGUGCGGACGGGGAGAUGGACAUUGAUGAGGUGGCGGCGCAGAGGGAGUCGAGCGGGCGGCAAGACGGCUCGUUUGCGACGGUGAAUAACGCCAUAGUGGCCAGUAUCAGUGAGGCCAUGGCGGCCAGUAUUGGUGACAUGGAGGAGCCCUCGUGUAUCGAGCCGCGGCAGGAACUAGAGACGGGACCGGAGGGACUUUCAGAAAUGGUAGUCGACGUCGACCAGGGAGAGGACAGGCCGGGGGCUGUCGAGUCUGUCGAGAGGGUCGUGACAGACUCGACAGAGAUGGACGUGGACGACCGGUCAAGAAUUCCGGUCGUGGUCCCCAACACCUUGGACGAAAGGGAAAUACAAGCACUUGAGGCCAUCGGUCUUUCGCCAGAGUUGAACUCAUCGCAUUCAACAGAUCAGCGGAUAACAGACGUCGAUGCAGAUGGGAUUCCCGUCAAUGAGGACAAGAUGGAUAUCGACGCAUCGGAUGGCACUGUCAAUAAAUAGGCCGAGCUGCACCGCUGGGCUACAUAGUAAUGAGAUGAACACGGGGUUGGAUGCGGACGAGAGUACGAUUGAGGCUCUGGUGACCUUCAGACAUGAAUAGGCCAUGAUCACAUCUGCAAGUCAGACACGACUAUGUUUCUGCUACGGCUUCUUGUCUUGGGAACACAUCCAAUAGGAAUUAUUCUGA